AACCAGAUGAGGAAGAAGUUGCGCUGAACUGUGCAAAACAGGCAUUUUUUUUUUUUUUUUUUACUAUAGGAACGUUUUCUUAACUGUAAAUUUUUUUGGGUGGGUGGAAUACGAGUGAUUUUGAUGAUGCUUUGAUGAUGAUGAUUAUGAUGAUGAAGAUGGAAGUGGAAGAGACAAGGACAUCCCGGUCUCAGCAAAUAGGAGAAAUACCGUCUACCACCAUCUGCGACCAUGCUGGAAAGAAGAGAAAACAAGACUCGACCGCCGAGCCUGUGAUCAGAAUCACAGAGAAUGACGAAAAGGAGGAGGAAGAAGAGGAUGCUGAAAUGUUGCCAGAUCACAUGAUUGACACAGAGGAGCCCUCCAACAAGCGAGUGAAGCCUGUGGUGAAGUCCAACAGCCUAACGGGGGUCAUCACUCCGGUUAAGACCCCUGCACUUAAACGUAUCGGACAGUCAAUUUCGCGAUCUAUCAGUUUUCGCACGGAGGCUCGACCUUUGCCGACGCGCUCGCUACGCUGUCGCGGAAUUGGCUCCUCGUUUCCACGCAGACGCAACAGUCAGUGCUGGAGUGACACGGUGGAGAGCCAUCACCUCACCGCCAAGGAGAUCAAACGUCAAGAGGUCAUCUAUGAGCUAACUGAAGGAGAGCGACAACUCAUUGAAGAUCUCAGUCUUGUUAAGAAGGUGUACUAUGAGCCGAUGCUGAAGCUGGAUAUCAUGACCGAGAGUGAACUCAUGCAGAUUUUUGGCACUCUGGACUCGCUCAUUCCUCUCCAUGAAGAUCUGCUGAGCCGUCUUGAGCGUCUGAGGGGUUCGGAAAAAACUGUGGGCGAGGUAGCCCCCACACUGAUUAACUGGUUCCCUUGCCUGGAGGCCUAUGUCACAUACUGCUGCAACCUCGUGGGUGCCAAAGCCUUGCUGGAUCAGAAGAAGCAUGAUAAGAGAGUGGAGCAAUUUUUGCGUCUGUGCCAGGAGUCCUCGUUUAGCAGGAAACUGGAUCUGUGGAACUUCCUGGAUCUCCCUCGAAGCCGUUUGGUAAAAUAUCCGCUCUUACUGAAAGAGAUCCAGAAAUGCACACCAGCGGAGCACCCGGAUGAAUUCACAUUACCCGAAGCACUGGAACUCAUCCAGAGCAUCGUGGCAGAGGUGAACAAGAAGACAGGGGAGGCUGAGUGUCAGUUCUACCGACGUGGUCUCACCUACCUUGAAGAUGGCCAGAGGCUACCAGAAAUUCAACAGUCCCGUUUCCUGUACUGUCAUGGGGAGCUUAAGAACAACAAAGGACAGCGUGUGCAUGUGUUCCUAUUUGAGCUGGCACUGGUUUUGACCAGACCGGGAGAGGAUAGAGAUGGAGGUCACGUGUUCCACGUCUACAGACGACCUCUGCCAAACACCUCCUUAAACCUGGAGGUGAUCCCAGAUGGAGAAACAGCUGGAGGGGGUUCCUUCAGAGGAGCCUUCACGGGGGGAAAUGAUAAAGUGAAGAACUGUUUCCGUGUGAGCAGCAGGGGGCGCUCCAAGGCCUACUCGUACAGCCUGCAAGCCAACGACUCCUUUAGCAAGCAGCAGUGGGUCACCUGUCUGCGCCAGGCCAUGGUCCAGUCUCGGGACAGGAAGGCCCAGAGCAGACGGUCGCUGGCUCCUCCCCAUUGUGACCCUGUUCUGUGUCACAUAGCCGGCCUCAGCCUCGGUUCUGAUGCGGAGAUGGCAGAUGUCACUCGCCGCUGAA